UGAAAAGAGUGUAGGGAUUUAAGGGAUGAUAAGAAUGUAGGGAUUUAAGGAAUGAAAAGAAUGUAGGGAUGAUAAUAAUGUAGGGAUUAAAGCAAUGAAGAGAUGUAAGGAAUGUAGGGAUAAAAAGAAUAUAGGGCUGAAGAGAAUGUAGGGAUGAAAACAAUGUAGGGCUGAAGAGAAUAUAGCGCUGAAAAGAAUGUAGGGUUGGAGAGAAUGCAGGGAUGUAACGGAACGAGGGACGUAAAGGAAUUCCGCUUUGUGGUUUUCCGCUUUUCCCGGAAGAAUGCUAUCCUCGAACCGGAAGCAAAGGUCGCAACUUAAAUUAUAAAAAUUUACAGAAAAUGAACCUUCGGACGAGUGCCGACCAGUGCCAUGGUCGCACCCCUAUCAAAAGUCGCCACAGUACAAUUUCAAAAUCCCGUGAAAACAAAAGCCUGUGUAGUCUUAUUUGAUCUGUAGCAAUUUGUAGUGAUCUGUAGUCGUUGCAACAAUGCUUUGUCAUGACUUAAAACAUUGGAAAAUUUUUAAUACAUUAGAACCCGAGUUUAUGUCGAAGAUUCAUAUAGCUGUCGUGUAUGGCGAUUUAGGUGAUAAAGCUUUAAUCGUAACAAACGAUGACAUGGUAUACGCUAUAGGAACUAAUGCAAAUUCAUGUCUUGGAACUGGUAAUAAUAGCGAUACAUUUAAUCCAAUCACAAUUGCACAAUUAUGUAAAAAAAAUAUAAAAACCUUUGCGUUUGGCAAAGAUCAUGUUCUGGCUCUUACAAAGCAAGGACCGGUAUAUUCUUGGGGAAAAAGGGAUCAUAACCGUCCACAAUGUUCAUCUUCAUAUCAUGGAACAUCUGUAACACCAUCUAUUAUGAUAAAUACUCUAUCUGAUGAACAUAUUGUGAGUAUAGGUUGUGGAACUUAUCACUCUCUUGCAUUGACAAAUAAAGGAAAGGUAUAUGCAUGGGCAUGUGCUGACAGUACAAGAAAAACAUAUCCUGUUUUAAAUGAUGAGAUCAUUGUUUGUUGUGCUUGUGGUAAGGAGUAUAGCAUGGUAGUUACAAUUAAAGGAGAAGUUUAUGGUUGGGGUGAAAAUAAAGUUGGCCAGAUAGGUGUUGGUAACUAUUGUGAUGUAGAGAGUCCUCGCAAAGUAAUAGCACUAAACGGUGUUGUAAUUGAAAAAGUAGUUUGUGGUUACAUGCAUACCCUAGCUUUGAGUAAUGAAGGAGCUUUGUAUGUAUGGGGUGGGAACAGUUCUGGACAAUUAGGUCAUGGUUCUACAUUGGAGAAUAAUUCCGUUCCACUUAAGUUGGAAGUAGAAGCAAUGGGAAGAGUACGGGAUAUAGCGGCUUUGCAUUGCAGUCAUAUAAGUGUAGCUAUGGGAAAAGAGAACCGAGUGUUUAUCUGGGGACAGUGUCUAGGACAGAACAUCAUAGCCCCAAGAUGCACACCAUUACGAUAUUUACACGACGCUUUUGCGUAUUAUGCGUGGCCUAGGGUAACAUAUCAGCCGCUCCUUUUUAAUAAAAAAGGUUUAAGUUUAUCGAAUAAUUUGGAUGAAGCGUUUGACGAUCAAGUCACUAGUGAUUUCAUUAUUAAAGUGCAAGGAAGAUCCAUUUAUGUGCAUAAAGCAAUUUUGAAAAUACGUUGUCAAUACUUCAGAACAAUGUUUCAGGACAAUUGGGCAGAGAAUACUAAAAGUGAUAUGUCAAUCGAUAAAUUUUCUUACGAAGUAUAUAAAUUAUUUCUAAAAUAUUUAUAUACCGAGAAAAUUAAUGCAGUUUCCGACUCCGAACUAGUGGAACUUCUGGAGUUAGCCGAUAUGUACCUCGUAAGUCACUUAAAAGAACAUUGUAUACAGAUGUUGAUGAAAAAAGUUACAUUGGAAAACAUAGCUUUUUUUUAUACUAUAUCUUUUAAAUAUCAUACUAAGGAACUAGAGAAAUGUUGCUUCAAAUUUGCAUUGAAUCAUAUGACUGCAGUAAUCCAAAAUCCAGAUUUUCUGGAGAUGGAUAAAAAAAUUCUAAACUGUUUUUUAAUUGAAGCUGCCCGAGCUGGUGCUUUUAAAACAUAGGUUGUAAUGUUUAUUAUAUGAAUAACACAAUGCAAUUUUUGUUCUGGUUGGAGAGGAAUGCGACACACCAUUCCAAGAGAGAGAGAGAGAGAGAAUGUACAGAUUUAUAUAGACAUUUAUGGAUUAUCUCCAAUAAAAAUGUGAUUACAAUUACAAAAAAAGACUAGACGAGAUUUUGUUCUCGAGGGAUUAUUAUUUUAGAGGUUCCAGGCACCCUUCUGCGUUAUUAUAAUAGGAAAAAUGAAUGAUUGGUCAUAACAUCUCUAAAGGGAUUUAUAUUGAUAAAUAAAACAUAAAACUUUUCUUAAAACUGAUUUUGAAUGCAACAAUAUUAUACCGCAAAUAUAUACAUAUAUAUUUAUAA